GGGUGUAUAUAACCACCAGCUCCUUUUCACUGGCCACGCUUGCACCCACCGCCACAGCACAGAGCGAACCUGCACAGCCUUGGUCAGGCACCAGCAGUGAUCCAGAGAUGAUCUGUAACCUUCUCCUCUCUUACACUCUCUUCCUCCUCUCUGUCAGCUCGCUGCUGGCGUAUCCUGUUUCAGACGUGGCGGACAUGCUUUACUCCAGGCCUGGCUCGUUGGAGGAGGUUGGAGCGGUCGGCCCAGACGAGCUGUCCGUGUCAGGUAUAAACGGUCUCCUCCUCCAGAGGGCAGCAGCCCCGGGUUUCUCCCCACUGCUCUUCAGACAGGGUCUCACAGUGACAGGGCCGCUACCCAAGGAGGCUCUAAAAGAGGUCCUGCUAGAGAAGCCAAGCCUUUUAAGCUCUACGAGUCAUCUGCUCGGCAUCAAGAGACCGUACAGACGGAGGGCCAGCAGGACCGAAUGUUUCUGGAAGUACUGUGUUUAACACUGGCACAGAAAACUACCUGCAGGACUGAGAAAAGGAUCUCUUUCUGAUUCAGCUCUGAACAUCUGUACAUAUGCACAAACACACAGCAAAAUUCUUCACAGGCAUAAACAAUACACCUGACAUGCACGCACUCUCCCAAACCUCAGUGCACAGUGAGACAAAAAUAAAUCCAACUGAGUUGAUCAUACAGGGGAAGUUUAUUAUAUUUGCACACUGACGGUUUCAAGAGUGCCUGACUGCUGACACUGGAUCCUUUGGUUUCUUUUGUUAUGCUUCUUAGGGGAUGCUACACAAGUAUAUGUUGACCACAAAUAAACUUACAUUUCGAAAAGCUUAA